AUGCCAUUCCUAAUCCACCACCCCGUCGCGCCCGGCCGCCCCUACCUGACCUUCUCCACGCCCAUUGCGUCCGACUUCGCGCGCUGGCGCUUCCGCGUCGACGUCCUCGACCCGUUCGACCCGCGCAUCGCGGAGAUCCAGGCCCGCGGCGAGGCGUCGUUCGACAACUGGGAGGGCAGGCCGCAUCUGGCGGAGGUGUGGAGGAGGGAGUGGGCGAAUAAUGAUGAAGAUUCUAUUGAAGAUGUUGGUGGAGAUGCUAAUAGGAUAAGAUGUAGUAUGUUGACAGAGUUGGGUGAGUUGGUGUAUUAUCAUACAUUCAUCAUUUUGAAAAGAGAAAAGGAUGAUAUUUCUAUGAAGAUUAAAAAAUGUAUGAUGAUGUUACAUGAACGUCCAUAUAGAAGAGACUAUGUUUACGAAAAUGAGGGAUUUGAACAAGACAAGGAGAAACAAGAGACUUUUUUGCUUGCUCGUCCCCUAGGAGGCUAGGAUAGUUGAUGCCAAUUUCCAGAAUCUACACAGCAACAAUAAUACGACGUAAAAAUAAAACAUACGUUCAAGGCGAAGUACUGGACUUGUUACCUAGAUUCCGAUGAUAGAUAUUGUUGCCUAAUGCUAC